ACGGCGGGGAGCAAUUCACGGCUUGUGAACGAUUAUUGUGAUGCCGUGCUCCUCCUCAAGAUAAUGAAUUCGAAAUCGUUGGCGAAUUUGCUGUGAUAACGCGAAGUGCAUCUCGUAGUGCGUGCGUCCGAUAAAAAAAACGCAGCUGGCCCUUUUCGUACUGGUUUUAGUGAAAACAUGAUGCUCGUCGCUGUCUUUCGACCCGAUUCCGUGAUUUUCUAGUGUGAUGGCGCAAUACGGGACCGACGACACGAAAGUGGGGGUGGUAGUCGCAGUAAUCGGUGAAGUAAUCGCUAAUGAAGUGAACCCCACGGAUACGUCGUGAUUCGAUUUUAACCUGAUGGUGCUUUGCAUAACCGGAUGUUUCGAUAAUGAAAGUGAGAUGACGCGAACUCGUAAGUGGCAGGGAUUCACAAUUUAAAGGCUACCUGGAUUGAGAUUGCAGGGUUUUUGGCCAACCCGCAAGCGUGAGGCGAAGCGGAGGCGCCCUGUGAAUGGAAAAAUGUACGUGCGUGCGAUGCUAAAGCUGUCGGGACACGCAACAUCAACCACACCUCAAAUUAUACAUCCAUCAAGUGAAAUAGCUCGAGUAACAGUGGCAACAGCAACUUUGCCACAAUCGUCCGUCCAUGACCAGGUACGAUCGGUACGGAGUGUCGAGCGAAGCCCAGCAGAAACCAUCGACACCAUUGGCCACGCUAAACGGCAGUGGUGUCGGCACGAUAACCAAGACAGCGACGACGAUGACUGACGAGGAAUCAAUACUGCUAGAGCGUGCGAAUGCCGAGCGCGAUGAGAUUUUCCAGCGCUACGAUCGAGGGCGGGACAACUCCAAUAUCGAUUCUUGGGAGGAUCCUCUGUUCGAGGUGUACACACAAGCCGAUCGGUAUGGUUUCCUCCAUCCAGAACAACCGUCCACGGAUCGGGGCGCAAGUAAGCAGUCGGAUAAGCACAAUACAAAGAUCGAGAUGGAACGGGUGAAAAAGUGGGUAAAGAUGCACCGAUCAUGGGACAGUGCGAGUACGAAAGAAAACCUCCAGCGACGCAUUAUGAAAGGCAUCCCGGAUCGAAUGCGGUCUGCAAUUUGGCAUCAGCUGCUACAGAUUAAGCAGGUCAGACGUGCCCAGCCAGGACCCGUGUACGAACAGAUGCUACUACUGGCACGUCAAUGCAGCCCCGAUAUUAGGCAGAUUGAUUUUGAUGUCAACCGACAGUUUCGUAACCAUAUCUUCUACCGCGAGCGGUACAGCGUGAAGCAGACUAGCCUGUUUCGCGUACUGGCCGCAUACAGUAUGUACAAUACGGAGGUUGGUUACUGCCAGGGCAUGUCGACGGUGGCGGCCGUGCUGCUGAUGUACUUCGACGAGGAAGAUGCAUUUUGGGCGCUGGAUAUUCUGCUGACCAAUGCACGGUACGCUAUGCACGGUCUCUAUAUCGUCGGGUUUCCAAAGUUGAUGCGCUGUUUGGCGCACCAUGAUCGGAUCCUGGCCAAGUGUUUGCCCAAAUUGAAGAAACACCUGGAUAAGCACGAGGUGCAUUCCGUGCUGUAUGCUUUGAAAUGGUUUUUUGUCAUCUUCAUUGAACGGAUACCCUUCAGUUUAUGUCUUCGAAUUUGGGAUAUUUACAUGAUGUUUGGUCAACGUGUACUUACGGCAAUGGCUUAUACUAUACUAAAGAUGCACAAAGUAAAACUGCAGCGCAUGAAAGAUAUGGACCAGAUAACGGAUUUCCUACAGACGUCACUACACAAACAGUUCGGCUAUGACGAUGACUCUGUGAUAAAGGCGUUACAAGGCUCGAUGGAUGAGCUUAAGCGGUUGAAGCUGCUAACGUUACAGCCGCCAACCAGCCCAAACGAACUGCCAUCUUUACCCCGCGGCCACACCGUCGAACUAUCGACAAACGCUAUGAUUGGCCACCGAAAUGAGCUGUUUAAUGAUCGGGAAGUGGCUCUUAAGGAGAAGAUUGCUCUGUAUCGUAGCGAAUCGAAGAAUGAGGAGGAUGAACAGUACAAUAAUGGUAACAUUAAUGGAGAAUAUGCUCAUGGCGAGGAAGAAGACGAUGAGCGCACGGAGAAGGACUAUGAUGAUAUUACGGAAGAUACCGUAAGCCAGAUGCAUACAGGCUUGAUAAGAUUGCCUAAACAAUCGCAAAUGUUCAAAGGCGCCAGCACAGGUUCCCUGCGGACGAUUCAGAGUUUCACAACCUUCGCUACCGGUACAUCGUUGGCUACUAGUUUAAAUUCCCUUGUCAUCAUCGAUUCGAUAGAUGAGUAUUGUGAUAACGAACAUAUAAUAGAGGAAAGCACUCGGCUGUAAAAC